AUGAGCGGGGCAAUGUUUGCGAACGCACGUGCUGUUCAAGGAGGCUCGACGAACGGAUUUUUACUGGAAAUCAAAGCUGGUCGCUCAAAUCUUGUCACAGGUGCUACCGCUGAAAAGAAAAAGGUCGUUGCUGAUAAAACUAAAGGUCUCCUUUUCAUCAAACAAAGCAAUGAUCAACUCAUGCAUUUUUGCUGGAAAAAUCGUGAAACGGGUGCGAUUCCUGAUGACCUGAUCAUCUUCCCUGGAGAUACAGAGUUUUUGAAAGUGAGCGAAUGUAUGGAUGGGAAAGUCUACAUGUUGAAGUUCAAAACCACUUCCGAACGCCGUCUUUUUUGGAUUCAGGAUGGAAACCCUGAUGCUGACAAGGAUCUCUGUCAAAAAAUUAAUGAUCUCCUUAAUAAGCCACCUGUUGGCCGUGCAACGACGCGUGGUGUUUCUGAAACUCGCAAUCCAGCAUUUGGUGGGCCAGCUGGGAUCACAGCUUUGCAUCCUGGUGCGGAAGAUCUCGGUGCCUUUGGAGGGUUGGACCAGAACCAACUCAUGCAACUUCUCGCAUUGAUGAAUCAAACAAAUGGCGGCGAUCAACCUUUGCUUUCGGGCUUACCUUCUAGUGCCGCCUCAUUGCUUGGACAACCAGAGGCAUCUACUGAUAACACAUUAGCUGCUUUCAAUUCUUCUUCUCAAACGGCCAAUGCUAAUACUUUAGCCAACUCCAGUUCUGGAGCAUCAAAGAAAGGAGCAGUCUCAGCAGCUGAGUACUCGCAGCUACAGUCUCUUCUUGCUGGAAUAAAAAUCCCUCGCAGCUCUAAAAAUUGUGACCUAACUGAUGUACUGAAAGGGGAAAAAGUACUUGACGUAGUUAGGAGGAAUCAUGGUAACUUUACCGACAAAGUGAUCAAUGUCGAAGAGGUGCCAGAAUCGAGUACAACAGUGACAGCAGAAGUUGAAGGAACUAUCAGACAGCCACAGUUCCAACAAGCUGUUGGUAUGUUCGGAUAUGCUCUGAACAGCGGCCAACUUGGCCCUGUUCUUCAGCAAUUCGGAAUGUCUGAGGAAGUGGUGCGUCAAGCUUCCGAUGGAGAUGCACUGGGGUUCGCUGAAUCGCUGACAAAUGCAGAACGAUCGCGUGCUAAGGAAGAACCUAAAGAAGGGGGAAUGGUGGAGGUGAAAGUCGAAGAGGGUGGCCCGAUCGAGGAGCCCCGUGAGCCUGAGCCAAAACGAGGCAAACCAGACGACGAACCGGACAACAUGGAUCUUGAU